UUGAAUUCGGAAGAGCCUUCCUGUCUUUCAGUUGUUGCAACGCGGCUACCGCAUCACAUUCUCUCACAAAUAUUCCAAUACCUCCAACUGUCUGAUCUCCGUAGCUGCACAAUUGUUUGCCGGCAUUGGUAUAAUGUGCUCAAUUAUGAGGACAGCGCUGUUUGGCGAGCAUUAGCUCAGAAGAAAGUGUCAGAAUCAGCCUUAGCCGAUCCUUAUUUGUUGAGUGAGCUCAAUACCUACAAGAAAAAGCUGCGAGCAUUCUAUUAUGCUUGGAAUCCGAAUGAUGUGUCGAAAAACAAUUAUGUUCGCGCCAAUGGUUUCACUGUUCAUCGACAGCCAGUGGCGCAAAGCACUGAUGGAGUUCGAGGAAAGGUAAUUGGUGUCUCACAGGGUGUGCAUGCCUUUGACAUCACCUGGGAGGGUCCUCUUGGAACGGUGGCAGUCGUGGGAGUUGCAACAAGACACGCAGCUCUUCACUGUCCUGGCUACUUGCCUUUGCUGGGUAGUGAUGACCAAAGUUGGGGAUGGAAUCUUGUUGAUAACACGUUGAUCCAUAAUGGCGAGCAGCUCGGUGUAUAUCCACGAGUGAAUAACCCACCAAAGUACCAAGUUGGAGAACGAGUACGGUUAGUUCUGGAUUGUGAUCGGCACAUUGUCUACUUUGAACGCGCUGGUAGCGAAUUCUUGGGCCUUGCCUUUACGGAUUUGCCACCAGUCAAGCUUUUUCCAGCUAUCUGUGCGGUGUAUGGAAAUACGGAAGUUUCAAUGGUUUACUUAGGACCACCUGUGGUCGGAUAAUC